GUUUAAGUUUAGUCUAUUGUGCAUUUGUCAACUCAACACAAUCUGAAUAAAAACUGAACAGUAAAAGUUAAUUUAGUAGAGUAAAAACUAAACAUUGUACAAUACAAAGAUAAUGAAUAGCUGUUUAAACACCAGCAAACUGGCUAAAAGACAUUUCCCAGUGUUUCUAUAAUUUAUUUUGUCAGAGAAAAGGGAAACAAGAUUUCCCUCGAAACUUCUCACACCACAAAUGCAUGGUUCACUUCCUUUUUAUACAUAAUUAGCAUAUCUUAAACACUUUAAACACACAACUUCUGUUUCCGUCCAGGCUCACUUACUGUUACUGGGUGUAUUUACUGUAUGUCAUCAUACAGUAAAUACAUGUUAAAGCUUCUGCUUUUUUCUUUUAGGCAUGCUAUUAAUUUUUGCAAAACCAAUAAAUUUUCUGCUGCUUUGCACAGCUGGCUGCAUUCACCAAUCCACACAGCAGGUGAAUCCACUUGGCUAAGAGUCCCUGACUACUAGGACCUCCAAGCCUGUGGUCAGCUCUUGCAUUGGGCGGGUGCAGAACAGAGAGUGACGCAUUUGAAGGCAGAACUACAUUGCUGAGAGAAUAUAGAAGUUUCUGGUUUGCAAGUGAAGACGGAAAAGAGGGAGCAUUAAAUAUGAAAGUCGGUCACACUUUGAGCUGCUUCAUCUUCCUCAGCCUGCAUGGAACCAUUGGCCUCGCCAAUGCAGAAAGUUCCAUCCAUACAGGGAUGGACUGCAGUAAUUCCCAGUGUGUUGAUCCCUGUCAUAACUACACUGUACUGAAUGAUGACUGGCGUUCAACGAAUAACACAGAUAUUCAGGUCCUACACUGUGAUAAAAACAUUGACUGGCAAGGUUGGUAUCGCCUGUUUCUGGGGGAAUCCGGUGCUCAUAUUCCAGAGAGGUGUCUAGACCCCAACAGGUGUGGAACUCAUGCUCCACUGUGGAUAACACAACCUCAUCCCACACAGUCGGGUGAAAUUCUAACUCGCACUGUGUGCAGUUCUUGGGAAGGCAACUGCUGCAAAUUUGAGUCACACAUCAUCCAUGUCAAACACUGCUAUGGAAACUACUAUGUUUACAAACUUGUGAAGCCAGUCACAUGCCAGCUUGCAUACUGUGCAGAGGUGAACAUAACAGAUCCUGGAGUUCCUUUCACCACACCUGCUCCAACACCAAAGGUCUCGUCACCCUAUCAGGUCCAUAUCAAUGUUACAACAGCAGUGGAUAACAGCACAGCAGUUGAGGGGGAGGUCCGCCUGGUUAAUGGAGGUAAUGACUCCUGCUCUGGCAGAGUGGAGAUCUUCCAUGGUGGACAGUGGGGGGCAGUGUGUGAUGAUGCCUGGAGCCUAGGGGAAGCGCAGGUGGUGUGUAGACAAUUGGGCUGUGGCAGGCUCCUCUCCAUACCAACAAAUGCAGAAUUUGAACAGGGCAAAAGACACAUCUGGUUAGACAAUGUCACAUGCUCAGGCAGCGAAACACAGCUCUCUGAGUGCCAUCACUCAGGGUUUGGAUCCCACAACUGCAGCCACCAUGAGGAUGCUGGCGUCAUCUGUGAAGGCUCUCACCCAGAUUUCUCCCUGCUUUUGGUUGUUAUAAUUGUGGUCAUGGUAGUACUAAUGCUGUUCUCUGUUCUGAUGUUGAUCUACAAAAGGAGGACCAAGACCUCUGUUGAUUUGGACAGAAGGAGAAACUCAGACCACAACCAGACUGAGAUUGCCCUCUAUGAAAAUUUUUGUCCAGUCUCCAGAUGUGACGAUUCAAUCUACCAGAGCCUCGAUCCCACCAGCAGCGACCAAGACCAAACCUACUGCAGUCUCACGCACUCAAAGUAGACAGUUUCAGAAAAGCAUUCAGAUCAUCUCAUAUGACACAGAAAAUGCUUAUUUUUAUGUGCGUGCACAAAAAGUCUGAACCACUAAUGUUAAGCUUAAGUGUACAUGGGAAGGAGAACUGGGAAUUCGAAUACAUGAGGAGUCUUGGGAACAGGCUAUAGCGAGGGUACGAUCUUCCACCUCCUGUGUGCUCGUCUUGGACUUAUUCAAUUUAAGGUCAUAUACAGGGUGCAUUUCUCUAAGUCUAGACUUUCUGAAUUGUAUCCAGAAGUGGAAAAUAAAUGUGAUAAAUGCCACGGUUCUCCUUGUCACCUUAGCCACAUGUUUUUUCUGUGUCCUGAGCUACAAGGUUUCUCGACAGGGUAUUUUGCUAUUAUGUCAACUGUUCUUGGGGUAACUCUUCAUCCUUGUCCUCUGAUUGCUGUAUUUGGGAUUCCUGUUCGCUCACUUACACUUGAUUCCACACAAAAGGAUAUUAUAGCCUUCACAUCCCUAUUAGCGAGACGUCUAAUAUUGUUGCAUUGGAAGUCUGUUAAGUAUCCUACUGUUUCCCGGUGGCUUAAAGAUGUCAUGUUUUUUUUAAAACUUGAAAAAAUUAAAUAUACGUUGAAAGGUUGCACAGCCAAAUUUUUUCACAAGUGGCAACCCUUUAUCUCUUAUUUUGCUAGUCUAGAGGUAUUGCCUGUUUAAAUCUACUUUUGUUACUGUUAUAUUCCUCUAUGUUUGAUGGUUGUGUUGAUCUGUGUGGGACUGGGGAUGGGGGGGGGCG